CGUUCGAAGCCACCACCACGCUGAACUUGCGCCAACGACGAGCGGAGAACAUGAAGAGGGGCCGCGACGCACCCCGUCGCAUGGAGGGGGUCAUGUUGCUCAGCCGCGGAGGCUUACCUCCGCCCUACAAGACCAUGCAAUGCUUGUGGCGAUGUGCAUCAGCGUGGUGCUGAUGUAUAUGGUCGCUCGAGGACUGCGUAACUUGAUGCGGCACGGGUCACUACCAGACAGUGUCAUGGACUUGCCUACCUGCUCCGACCGGCUCGCGGCACUAGGUCUUGACUUCGAGUCCAUGCGCCUGUCAGUUAGCAAAUAUGCGCUGGACCGGCGGCGCGUGUACGAAGCCAUGGGCGCCGGCGUGCGCAGCAAGGGCCUCAGCCUGGGCGGCGUUGUGACGCAGGGGCUAAAGCAGGACGACCUGUACCGCAUCACACACGACACGCGCAGUGACAAGAUGCUCAUCACGCCCGUGCUGCACGCGCUGGAGGUGCCCGUGCGCGCCAUGAUCCUACCGCUGCGCGACCACGUGGCGGCCAGCAAGAUCCGCGACGCAGUGCAGCAGCUGCUCAUGCCGGUUCUGCCGGAGGGCAGCAUAUGGCUGCAGGAUGAUGAGUUGUACCAUGCCACGCUCUACCACGCCUCGUCACACGCGAAGCCCAUCCACGCCAGAGGCGAGGUGAUUGCGGAGGAGGAGCGCGCCAUAAAGCGGGUGUGCGGCUCCACCUGCCCCAUCAGCGCAGUGCUGGACAAGGUGGUCGUCACCACCACAGGCGUGGUGGUGGCGUGCUGGCAGGUGCUGCCGAUCGGCGGGGAGCCGGCGUUGCUGCGGGCGGCAUUGGGGGUGGCUCUGCCAAACGCGCCGCCGCGGGAGGCGCAGAUGGUCAAGGAGCCGGCCAUGCUGCACACCACCAUAGCACGGCUGCUGCGGCCACCAGCAGCAGCGUCGGCGUCGGGCGGCUCCGGCAGCAAGCAGGGAGCCGGCACUCAUAGCAUAGUAGGCGGCGUGGCGCGAAGCAGCAGCGAGGGGCUAGGCGGGCGAGAGCUGCGGGGCGUCAAGGCAGGGCAAGCGGGCGGGGCCGCGGAAGCCGGUGGCGGUGGUGGGACCGGCGGCGACGCGGUGGGGCGUACGGGGCGGCGGCACCUGCUGGUGGACGAGGGCGCUACAGACGGGCUGGGCGGCGGCAGUAGCAUCCGGGUGGAGACCACCAAGAGCCAGUCGGGCGGCAGCAAGGACGUGGCCGCUAUCGAGGAUGAGGUAGUGGUGGCGGCUGUGGACCUGCUCAGCGCCACGCUGUGCGGGCUGCGGGCGCAGUUUGGCGAGGUGUGGUUCAUUGAGGAGCAGGACCUGCUGGCGCUGGCGCUCAACGGGCGCUACGUGCGACACCUGGCGCCGCUCACCUGCCCGGCGACCGGGCGGAGGGCGGAGGAGGGGCUGAGCGCGGCGGCAGCGGCGUAGCGGGCUGGUGAUUGUCCCGUCUUAGUGAUGCUGUGUUCAUACCGUUGUGCUGGAAUGCGACGGGAAGUAGGAACGCACCCAGAACGAUUAUGUGGGCUAUGCUCGAGUGAAGGCAGCAAUGGACACGGCUAGCGGACGGGGCUGGUGGGCAUGCAGCAGCAUUGCCGCCAUUGCGGCCGUGACGCCCAUCAGUAA